AUGAUUUAUUCAUUUUUUUUUUCUCUUUUUACAGAAUCUAAUAAUUUUGAUGUAUUUGUUGCUGAGAUUGGUGCACCUAAUUCAGGACGUUUAUUUUCACUUAAAUUGUCACGUUCAAGUCCAAUUCGAGCAUAUCUUGCUCCUUAUGAUAUUAUUUUAUUACUUUAUCGAGAUGCUGUUACUGUAUUUCGAAUGCCAUAUAAUGAAAAUGCUUUGGAUAAAUCAGUUGCUGUUGAUAAAGCUGCACAAAUAAAUGAAUGUAUUUAUUAUCAAUGGGAUACAAUUCAACAACGAUUACAUAUUAUACAAAAACGUUCACCAAGAUUAAUAAAAACAAUACCACCAAAUGGCUUUGAUUCAUUAGUCUACACAGCUUAUACUAUAAAUGCAAAAGGUCAAUUUGAGAGUAUUAUGAAAGUUGAUUUUGAUUUUAAAUUACCACAAUCUUCAUCAAGUCAUUCGAUUUUUGAAAUUCUUUCAAAUGAUACAAAUCUUUUUCUUUGUUGUCAAUCUACAAUGAAAGAAGAAACUGAAAAAGUGGAAUAUGCAGUUGUUUCACUUGGUCAUGGUCGUAGUGUUUAUGUAUCAAAAUCAUUAAAUCAAGGACAUUGGGAAAUAUUUCAAUCACGUCGAGUUCAUUUUGGUCUUCUUGAUGGUGAUUAUGUUUUUGCUGUUUUACGUGGGGAAUUUGUUCAUUUACUUAAUUUUAAUGUUCAAUUAAAUUUUCUUAAUCAUCUUUUUUUUCCUAAUGAUACAAUUAAUUUACCAUAUGAUACCAAAUAUACAACACAACGUGGUCUUAUUACAAAAACAUCAACAUUACUUUAUGAAAAAAAAAAUCUUUUUACAUAUACUAUUGAAAUAUGUCCAAAUGAACUUAUUAAAACAAUUUCACCAACAACAAUGGAAUCAAUUAUUGCAUAUACAUUAGUUGCAGCAAAAAAUAAUAAUAUUUUAGGACAAAUACUUGAACAAAUUUUAUUACAUAUGUAUGAUGAUUUACAUACGAAAGCAUAUCUCAAAGAAAUUCUUACUGCAUUAAUUUUUCUUCGUCUUUCAAAACGAAUUCAUCAUAAUAAAUAUGUCUUGGUUUUUCCGGCAACAACAGUUAACCAUCGUCAAACAAAUAAUAUAGAAGUAUCAAUUCGUGCAUUUGCUCAUCAUCGUGAAUAUGGUCCUGAACAUAGUGGAAUAAUAAAUAUUGAUAAAGAAUAUUGUGAUAAACUUCGAUCAUUAUUUGAUCUUUCUCGUAAAUAUCGUCAUCGAGUAUCAUAUUAUCAUUCAACAAUAUCAAGCAUGGAUGAUACUGAAUUAAAAAAUGAUCUUGUAAACGCAACACCAUCACCACUAGUAGACAGACGAUCAUCAAGUCCUGGAGUUUUUUCUUUAGGAAGAAAACGUGAAUCAUUAUCAUUAUAUUCUAGUAGUAAUAUGAGUGAUAAUCCAAAAUCUUUUAUAUUAUUAGAUCCCAAAAAUAAAUUUCUUUUCAGUAAUGUUUCACAUGAAAUUCAACAACUUCAUCCAAAUUGGGAACAAGGGCGAGUUAAAGAACUUGCAUUUGAAUAUGUUCAAGCGACACAAGAUCAAUGUGAUUAUUUAAUUAAAUUAUUUACACGUCUUGCAAAUUUCGAUCGAACACAAGCAUUAAUUGAUGAUGAUAUUGUGUAUGAAAAAAUUUAA